UCCGUAUCUAGAUUAUAUCUCCGCGAGCCCUGGUUGCUCUGUGGUUUUCUUCCAUCUUAGUUCUGCCUUCUACCAACAAUUCUACCACAACUGCAUGCCACGCACACGGUCAUUGGUUAUACUAUAUGCGCAACCAAACAUGAAUUUGUUCAAAGCGGCCCGGGUACCCUAUUGGGUGCCAGUUGAUAUUUAAUCGAUGGUGCCCCACCAUUAUCUUUGCUUCCCACCUGCACCUCAUAAAGAGGCUCGUCAACCCUUUCUGUUGUGUUGUUGUUUUUUGAACGAUGUCUGCUCUCAGCAACGAGAAAUCAGAAAUAGUUCAUGUCUCGUCUGGUUUACCCAGCCAUGCCCGUGAUGAUCUCGAGAGGAGAUUGGUAAGGAAGCUCGAUCUACGUCUGUUCCUGAUCGUGCUUUUGUAUGCCCUGAACUAUAUCGACAGAGGGAAUGCUAGUAGCGCACGGUUAGGAGGUUUUGAGAAAGACUUGCACCUGCAGGGGACUCAAUACGCGACCAUCUUGUCUGUCGUCUAUGUGGGAAUGUGUGUCAUGCAAGUGCCAGCGAAUAUGUUUCUGCACUGGCUAGAGAGACCUGCUAUCCUGAUUCCAUGGACUAUGGUGACAUGGGGCGCAGUAUCAACAUUGACAGGGGCCACACAGAAUUAUACCGAGGUUCUUCUCGCCCGUUUAUUUCUUGGUUUUGCUGAGGCACCCUUUUUCCCUGGCACCAUAUAUCUUCUUUCGGGAUGGUACAAGCGAGACGAGCUCGCUGUGAGAACGACUCUCGUAACUUGUGGAGCCGUGCUCAGCGCUGGUUUCGGAUCCUUCUUUGCAUCUGGUAUACUUACAGGCAUGCAGGGAAAACUUGGUCAAGCUGGAUGGAGAUGGUUGUUUUACAUCGAUGGCGGCAUGACCAUCGUAGUCGCGAUUUGUGCGAUGUUUCUACUCCCUAAUUUCCCUCACAACACUACAUGGCUCACUCCGGAGGAAAGAUCGCUCGCCAUAUCUCGCCUUGUAGAUGAUGGCUAUGGAAGAAUUGACGGGCUCGGCAAACGGAGCACCGUGCGAGGACUGUGGGAUGCUUUGUCCGACUGGAAGGUAUGGUGGUUCUCAGUCGCGUCCAUUAUCGAUUGUAUGGCGUUGUCAUUCGUCAUUUACUUCCCGACGAUUGUCGCAACUAUGGGAUAUGAUAUGACGACGACUUUGCUGCUCGCCGCUCCUCCAUGGGUGCUUUCCGCCGUUGGUGCUUUUUUUCUUUCAAGGUACUCUGACAGUACGAGAAAACGUUGCAUAUACAUUUUUGCAUCGAAUGCAUUCGCUGCCCUUGGAUUCAUUAUAUCCAUCUGUACGAUGAACAUGGUCGCACGUUAUGUUUCCCUGUUUCUGAUGGCUCAGAUCGCCGCAGGACAAAUUAUUCUCUGGGCUUGGAUAAACAACACUUUUGCUAGAGAACCUGCAAAGCGAGCUGUUGCUAUCGCCUUGAUAAGUUCAAUAUCUGCGGCGGGGAACAUCGUCGGAUCGUUUCUCUGGCCUAUCACCUGGGGCCCGACAUAUCGUUAUUCCUACGCCAUCUGCGUCACGGCGCUUGGGGUAUCGACAGUCAUGCUUGGUAUCAUGUAUUUGCAUUUGAAGCGGGUGAAUCAGCAGAUUGAGAGGAACGAGCAGAAUGCAAAAGACAUCAACGACCUUCAGGACCCUGUUGGUUAUAGACAUCUGGUGUAGUCAACGAUCCAUGCGAUUCUCACGCUAAGAAGGUAUGGGCAAAACUGCUUCUCAUCCCGCAUGACACAAUGCAAUGAUGAUUAUGAUAUUUACGUGGUUUUUACUGUGGUAGCUUUUUCUAUCACACAUCUUAUCGAAUUGGCUUGAUCAGUGCCAUAUAGCUCUGCUGUGUAAAACCACGUCAUCCUACUCUUCUACGUAGUUGGCGCACUGGCACUGCUGAG